AUGACCUCAAAACCCCCCCGCCAACCCCUCAAACUCCUCAUGCUGCACGGCUACACCCAAUCCGGCACCCUCUUCCACGCCAAAUCCCGCGCUCUGAUCAAACACAUCACAAAAGCCUUCCCCCUCCACGAAGUCGCCGCCAUCUACCCAACAGGCCCCAUCCACCUCGACCCCGCCGACAUCCCGGGCUACGAGCCCUCCCCGUCCCCUAAAAAGGAAGAGAAAAUCGAAGCGUACGGGUGGUGGAGACGUUCAAAUACUGCGAAUCCGCCGCUUUAUCUUGGUAUUGAGGACGGGUUGGCCGCUGUUGCGAAGGUGUUGAAGGAGGAGGGACCGUUUGAUGGGGUGGUUGGGUUUUCGCAGGGUGCUGCGCUGGCGGCGAUGGUUGCCGGAUUGUUGGAGAGUGGGAGGAAAGGAGCUUUUGAAAGGUAUGCGGAUUCGAAGGCUGCCUGUGAGGGAAUUGAUUUGAGCGGUUCGGCGGAGAAGGAUGUUGCUUCGAUUGCAUUCCCGGGGUCGUUUGAGGGGAUGCAACAUCCGCCGUUGAAGUUUGCUCUGUGUUAUAGUGGGUUCCGGGCGCCGGGGCCGAGAUAUCGUGCAUUUUAUGAGAGCCCGGCGAUUCAGACGCCGGUGCUGCAUGUGCUGGGGUCACUGGAUGCGGUUGUUGAUGAUAGUCGAAGUCGGGCGUUGAUCGAGGCUUGUGCAGGGGAUCCGGAAAGGGAAGGGAAGAUUGUUUGGCAUCCGGGUGGGCAUUUCUUGCCCAGCCAGAGACCGUUUUUGGAUGCUGCUGUGAAAUUUAUUCAGGAAAGGUUGGGGAACAAGGAGGAUAAGAGUAAGGAGGAAGAGGAGGAGGAUGUGAAUAACAUGGACCUGCCGUUUUGA